CCGCGACUCGACGCCUUGUGGCUCAGAUCAUCGGUCGGCGCGGCCUCGUGUUUCUCUCGAUUGUGAGCCCGACCGACCCAGCAGAUCGUUUCACCGGCGCGGGGAUUCAGUUUCAUUUGGCGGUAGCGGCGGCGCGCGAUGAGAGAUGAGUUGGUGCGACCUCGGGCUGGGAGCGCACGUGGGAUGCAGCGGGUAGGCACCUAGUUUUCUCUCUUUUCGCGGACACUGCGCACGGACUAUCUUUCUUUCUCUCACUCUCCCCCGUGUCCACUUAAAUUCGCGACUUUUCGUGCGUAAUUUGCAAAGAAGAAGAAAUGAGCGGCGGCGGAAGCAGUCGGCGGAGCGCCGGCGCCGUGCGGGACGUUCUGGUGAACGCGGCGGUCACGCUGGUCAUCGUGCUGCUGGCCGUGUUCCUCUACGUUUUGUGGAUCAAGAUUGUGCCGGGCAGCACCGCGGCCGGCGGCACUUUCUUGCCCCCCGAGCACCGCAACGCGUCCAACGCCAACUUUGACGAGCAACGCGGCAUCGCAGAGCUCCGCAGCAGAGUUCGGCAGAACAAAAGUCGCAAGCUGAGCGUGAACACGGAGCAGUACGAGGCCAAAAAGCAGCUGGCCUAUUUCAUCCCAACUAAACUGCCGUCCAAAGUCCCCCUGCACGAGCACGACGUCCUUUACGGGCAGGACGAGUUGUGGAGGAAGGCCGGCAAGCAGCAUGUGCAGCUGCCCAAGGCCUUUGGCAAGAAGCAGCCCUUCGGCCACUUCAUCCACAAGGACGACGAGCUUUGGGACCCCACACCACAAUACGAAUUCAAUGCCUUCGGUCAUCACUUCCACCUCGAACUGAAGCUUGAUGCGUCGGCGUCGUCGGCCACGCAGACCCUGCGGGCGCACCACGUUUUCAGGAACCACUCGCACGUGCUGCCCAUCCACAAGGACGCGAGCCGGUGUUUCUACUCGGGGAAGGUGCUCGGCGACGCCAGCUCGCGGGUCAACCUCAACCUUUGCCAUGGAAUGUUUGGCUACAUCCGGACGUCCCACGGCAUUUACUUCGUCGAGCCGUCCGAGUACUGGCCGCCGGAGAACGCGACUGAUGUGCCCUCUAGUCCGUCGGUGAUGCACGCCAUGUACCCUCUGGUCGCGCCGGCCGGCGACGCAGACCAGCCGGAGGAGAGUCACUGCGCCGUACCUCACUCGCCCGCCACAGAUCACGUGGAUGACCAGCCUCAAGAUGAAGAGAAUUCAACCCACCAUCGUGUUUCUAGAUCAUUACUAUCGUACUACUACGCAACAAAACCACCGGGCUCCGUAUCAAAGCAGCUGUACAUAGAAGUCAAAGUUGUGACUGAUCGCAAAAUGCACGAGUAUCACGGCGACGGCCUCACGCAAUACGUCAUGACCCUCAUGUCAAUCGUUUCAUCGCUUUUCAAAGACGCGAGCAUCGGCAACCACGUCAACAUCAAAGUGGUGGACAUUGAGAAUUUGGCGGACACGUCGUUUUUCGCCUCGUCCGACGUGUACUGGAAGAGCAAGUACAACUCAAAUGACGUGUGGGCCACCGAGAUGCUCAAGAAGUUUUGCAUUUGGCAAAAUGAGAAUCGACACACCAGGGACAGAACAAGGCAGUAUGACACAGCCCUGCUCCUCACAAGAGAGAACCUGUGUCGGUACAACAACCUGACGAGCUGCGGCACCCUGGGCCUGGCCGAGGUGGGCGCCGCUUGCAACCCGAAGAAGAGCUGCUCGAUAGUGCAGGACAACGGGCUGAGCGCCGCCUUCACCAUCGCCCACGAGCUUGGACAUGUGCUGAAUAUGAAGCAUGACAACGACAACCAGUGCAAGCGCUUCAUGGAGCCCAAGAGCAGACACUACAUGAUGGCGCACAUGCUGGGCGAGAACACCUUUCCCUGGGAGUGGUCCAACUGCAGCCGCCACUAUCUCACAGAAUUCCUCGAGUCAGGUCAGGGUUAUUGUCUGGAAAACGAGCCACACCUGGAGCUUCCGCUGAGCGUCGAUUCAAGUCUACCUGGGGAAAACUUCAACCACAACCGGCAGUGCGAGAUGCUCUACGGCCCUGGGUCGCGGAUUUGCACGUACAUGCCGUCUUGCAACUCUCUGUGGUGCAGCCAGGCGCAGUCGGACGAACAGAACGGCUGCCUCAGCCAGCACAUCCCGUGGGCCGACGGCACCAUGUGUGCCCACAACAGCUGGUGCCAGAAGGGCCGUUGCGUUCCCAAGAACAGGGAGGCGCUCACCCCCAGAGACGGCGGCUGGAGCACUUGGGGACCUUUCGGUGUGUGCUCCCGUUCUUGUGGUGGAGGAAUCAAACAGGCAAAACGAGAGUGUGACAAUCCUCGUCCAGAAAAUGGCGGAAAAUACUGCAUAGGGGAGAGGGUGAGGUAUCACUCAUGCAACACCCAGGACUGUCCAUACAACCAGAAGGACUUUCGAGACCAGCAGUGCAGCAACUUCCGUAAGGGCUACGGCGAGGGAAAGUGGAUUGCUAAGUACUUUUCAACGGCUGAGGACCAGUGCAAGUUGUACUGCAGACAGGGCACCGAUUUUCAACACCUGUUUGCAGAAAAGGUGGUCGACGGCACACCCUGUUCUCCGAAGACCAACGACAUCUGCAUCAAUGGCAAGUGCCAUCCUGCCGGUUGUGACCACAUUUUGGGAUCAAACAAAACUUUGGAUUCUUGUGGGGUUUGCGAUGGUGACAAUUCUACAUGCACAAUGGUUACUGGGACGUACAAUGGAUCAAUUCCAGAGUACCAAAAAGUCGUUGAAAUUCCAGCCGGAUCCACCAGUAUUUUUAUCAAGCAGACGCCUCUCUAUUAUGCAGAUGUUACUGCAGGAGACAAUAUCCAUCUAGCGCUCAAACUAAAGGACACGGGUCAGUACAUUCUGAACGGCAACUUUAACAUCCGGCCUUACGCCACCAGACUUCUGGACGCCGGCACCCCUAUCAGCUACAACGGCGCCCGAUCCUACGUCGAAAUCAUCAACUCGACUCUUGAGUCGCUCAAAGUCGCCAUCAUACUUGAGGUGUUCAUUGCCGGGACCCCUGUGGCGGCCAACGUCGAGUACCAGUACAUGGUGCACUUCCCAUACAUCUGGAAGCCGACCUCAGACUGGUCCACCUGCCACAAAACUUGCUUCAAGCAAAGAUCACUGGGGUGUUUUGAAAGACGAACCAACAUUGAAGUGGAUAAGUACCUGUGCAACAACUCAACCCAGGAGAAGCCCCAGACCAAGAAAAUAUGUAACCUGUCACACUGCAAAAUUUACUGGAAAGGGAGCCGGUGCAUCCAUUUGAUCAACAACUAUGAGAAGGAGGUGGACAAAAGGUUCUGCGAAAAGGUCAAAGCUGUGCCCAGAUUCUUCAAACCAGCAGCCUCUACCUACAGAUGGGAAUAUGGAACUUGGUCUGAAUGUGGCGUCGGCUGCAAUCCCGGGAAUCAAACCCGAAGCGCCAAAUGCCUCGGCUACAAAAACAGGUACUUGCCAGACCAGUACUGCCCCCCUCUGAAUCCAAUCGACACAGUGAGGAUGUGCGAAGUCUUGUGCUAUAGUGUGUGGAAAACUGGCGACUGGACCAAAUGCUCUGCCAAAUGUGGAAGUGGCUACCAACGGAGGUCUGUUUGGUGCGAGUUGGACGGCUUCAAAGUAAACACGGAGCAGUGUCCAGGCGCAGAACCUUCUUCGCAGAGGGAGUGCGUCCAGCCAGCUUGUGGCUAUUGGAAAACUGGACCAUCCUCAGUUUGUUCGGUGAGUUGUGGGGCCGGCGUGGCGCAGCGGCAGGUGGUGUGUGUUACCGACGGUGGGGCAAGCGCCGCUGACGAGUCUUGCGCCCACGUGGACAAACCGGCCAACGUGGUGCCGUGCACGAUGCCUGACUGUCCCACGACAACCGUCAAAUUCAAAAGUCACAACUCGAGCGACCUGAUGGCAAAGAAUGUCAUCGUGCCGGCGCACUCGCCCCUGCAAAUUGCGUGGGUGGACGGCGAGUGGAGCGAGUGUUCGGUGAGUUGCGGCAAAGGUUACAAGAGGAGAAUAGUGCAGUGCCUAAAUCUGAACAGCAACGAUGUUCUUUCCGAUGCCCUGUGUGAGCAGUUGUCUUCGAAACCCAUGACCCAACACACAUGCUCUCACACAUGUGGCACUUGGCGGCCCAGAGAGUGGCAACCUUGCUCAGCCACCUGCGGAAAAGGAAUGAUGAAGAGACAGGUGGUUUGCGAAUCGGAAUGGGGUCGGCUGUCCCUGCCGGACACUUCUUGCGGCAACCAGGAGAAACCCGUGAGCGAACAUUCUUGCGAACUGAAGCCAUGCACCAUGGUGUUCCACCAGCAGGAGCGCAAGUGGUCCACCGGCUCUUGGGGCGAGUGCAUUGUGGUGAACAAGGACUGCGGCGUGGGCACAAGGAGGAGACAGGUCAGGUGUCUGCAUGGGGUGUGUGACGGAGACGCGCCACCUGACAUUGAGCCCUGCGUCAUCCCCUGCCGGAAUGCCAGGUGGAACUUUGGAGAGUGGGGCGAGUGUUCACGUCCGUGUGGGACAGGACACAAGUACCGGCUCGUGCGCUGCCAGUCUGUGGACGGCCAGUUUUUGAAUGAGGAAGAAUGUCCGGUGGGCGAGCGCCCGACCAACAAGCAGGAGUGCAACACCCACAGGUGCAACGGUUACAGGUGGAAGGUCGGCGCCUGGGAGCAGUGCUCUCUGCGGUGCGGCCGCGGCGUGAAGCGGCGGACGGUGCAGUGCGUGAGCAGCGGCAAGGGUGCGGUUGAAGACUUCCACUGCUCGGGACGCAAGCCGCCGGACACACGAUUCUGUUUCAAAUACCAAUGCCCGUACUCGUGGCAAAUUGGAGACUGGUCUGAGUGUUCGUCAACGUGCGGUUCUGGUGUGCAAACGCGGCAGGUGACCUGUCACAAGGUGGUCGGGCUGGGUUGGCUUGAGCCGAGCAAAGUACCUGACGGGCAGUGCUACAAUUUGGAAAAGCCGGCCGCCACUCAGGCGUGUCACCUUGAUUCCUGUUCUUUGCAGUACCACUGGAUGACCGGACCGUGGAAGCCAUGCUCAGCGGUGUGCGGGAAGCGCGGCAAGAAGCGUCGCGCCGUCCACUGCGUGGGCCACGACCGCCUUCGAGUGCCCAACAGUUUCUGCCGCCAGGACAAGGUGCCGGCGCGCAAGGCUAAGUGCAACGUGAUGCGCUGCCCUGGCCCGUCGUCAUGUCGCGAGGUCAAGUUCCUGCACCGACACGUGGCCACUGAUGGCACGUACACACUCAACUUGUUCGGAAUGAAUGUCAGCGUUUACUGCCACGAGAUGACCUCGCACAACCCCAAGGAGUACCUCACCCUGCCCACCGGCGAGAUGGAGAACUAUUCAGAAUUCUACCACCUCAGUUUGAAAAAUCCUAACACUUGUCCGCUCGACGGCAAGAGACUGGAAAAGUGCGACUUUUGCUACGAAGAGAAGAAAGGCCUGUCAGGCACGACCGUCUUCACCAAGAUCCGGUUCAAUCCGCAAUCACUCAAAGUCACAAGGGAUGACUUCACGUUUGCUCGUCUGAUAAGGGGCAGGAAAUACAUCCCCUACGGCGAGGCGGGUGAUUGUUACAGCAACGUCCUGUGCCCUCAGGGCAGGUUCUCAGUCAACCUGUCAGGCACGCCCUUCAGGGUGUCUCCCACCACUGGUUGGAUCAGCAAUGGGGGUUCCAUGGACCAACACCCUGACGAGGAACACCAAAAGGUGUGGGGAAAAUGUGGUGGCAACUGCGGCACGUGCAGCCCGCGCAAAGAGACUGGACUGAAGUUGGAGCUGCUGUGGCCGGACAGACACUUGAAGCACCACGGACGAUGGAGACCGAGUUAACCCGACUGGGACACAGCGUCAAAGUCCAACAGGCCGCAAAAGCUGUGAUUCUUUCAAGCAAACUGUUGAGAUUUUUUUCGGCUUGAGAAUCUCGAGAUGGCCCAAAAAAAUGUAAACAAAAUUUGAGAGGUCGAUUUUGUUGGUGCGAAAAGAGAGAAACGGAAAAGACACUCGAGUCAGAGAAGAGGAAGUGCAGGAUGAAGUAAAAAAAAAAUCAAAAAUUUGUUUUUCCACCGAGGCGUCUCUCCUUUUCUGCAGUGCAUUUAUUACUGUUAGUAUCUAUAUCAGGAGGAGUGGUGGAUCUGGAGAAGGAUUGAUUUUUUUCGCCUUAAUUUAUUUGUUGUUGUACAUUUUUUUGUCACCAUGUGUUAUUUUUAAGUGAUGCCAUAAACAAGAUAUAAUUAUACAAAUUAAUUGCCACAUAGAUAAAAUACCUCAUUACACUCACAAAACCACAAGCGAAAUAGUUCAUUUUUUGCGCACCAGUACACAAUUUAUUAUGACGACUUGAUACAUCUCGUAACUGCCAGGAUUUUUGUUCAGCGAUUUCAGUGUUCAAUUUUUUGUGUAGCUUUUAGCGAGUAAGUUUCGGACACCAGAGAAUAUAAUCGAAAGUAUUUUCUAAUCAAAGUUUAAUUUAUUAUGCACAUCACAAAAGAGUUUUUGGCAUACACUGUUGUAAAGAAAAUCUUUAUUGUUUAUUAUUGUCUAUUGCGAGGAACGCGCGAAUCAAUAUAUUUUGCAAGAAGGAAAGGCUGACACUCGAACUACGAAGUUUAGUGUGUAUUUUUUCUAUUUUGUAAACACGGUUUUGAUUCUCAACAGAGGAAAUUGCAUUUUUGCGAGCGCAGAGAGAACUUUUUGUAUUAAUAUAUAGUAUAAUUUAUUGACUUUUCGAUGUAAUAUAUAUUUUGGACAAGAGUGUGUGCGAGACGAGUGAGGAUUUAAUUUUUUUGAGAAUGAGAGAUGAAUGUGAUGUACAAUACUCUCUAACCCAGCUAACUGAGACGUACUUUGGAAAAAUAACUCGUACGUACCUUUAGUCCGUAGAUUCACUGCCAAUACUUUGUACUGCGUUGUGUUGAAGAAGAAUAAUUUUGAUUUUUCGAGCAGCAUUAGAGACGUUUGAUUCGACCUCGGUGCGAUAUUGAGCUGUCGCGUCCACUAUUAAUGUGAUUCAUAAUUGUUUAACCUCCAACUUUUGUUAUUUGCAACAACAGCCAUAUGAGAGCGUAGUAGUUUGUAACUUGCAUAUAUUUCAGUUGAUGAAACAAGAAUCCCUCCUCAACGUAAUUUUAAGGACAGAAACUCGCCGUUCGUGUAGAAACAUUUGAUCGUAGCGCGUCAAGUUUACAAAAAAAAAAUGCUUCUAUUUCCAAUCAAUAAUAAAUUAUGAUACUUUCAAACUUGAUACUUUUGAGCAUUAUUAAUUAUGUAUCCUCAAACAAUCGUCAUUAUUAUCAUUCAAAAAUUUAAAAAUCUGAAUUUGUUAAUAUUUAUUUGUGAUAUUUUUUUGCUCAUGAAAGGGUUGCAGACCGUGACUUAUACUUAUAGAGCUCAAGUCGAGCUGUUUUUAUUUUUUCAUAGUAAAAAGUUUAUCAACAAGGACUGUGUUUCCAUAUCUUCCAAAUGAAAUAAAUUGAAAUAUUACGGUGUCAAAAUAAUCCAAGAAUGGUAAUAAAAUAAGACAAUUUUUGUUUUUUUAAAAAUGCAUCAUUUUUUAUUUUGGCUUCAUAUGCACAUGUUUCAUUUUAUAAUAACGUGAAAAAUGUAAUUCUCAUUAAAAAAUUGCCAAAAAGUCUGAUGUAACAUUUGUCUGUCCGCGAGGGACACGUUAUUUUGUUGUUGGAGUGGCGCCCCCUCCCGUUUUUGCCACAAUCAAAGGGGGGGCCCGUCUAAGUUGUUUGGUCAGAGCGACUCAUUGAUGGUUUCUUUGCUGCUGUAGUAAGUAGUUGUUGUUGUGUGUGUGUGUGUGAGAUUGUGUGUGUGAGUGGGAAAUGCAAAUGUUUUCUUUUUUUUUCUUUCACAUCAAGUCGUCUUCUCUUCGGAAGAGACCAGCUAGGUGGGUAGCCAUUUGUCGAGAGAAACGAAAUUAUUAUUUCAAAACGCCAUUCCUUUUCCAGCUGAUGGAAUCAUCCAAGGACGGCUGCUUUUAUGCUAAUGUCGGUGUCAAACAUGUGCAUCAGGUCAUGCCAAAACAAUAUAUCCGUAUUUUUGCUGCUUGCUUUUUUUGGGAGAAACACAUCUUAGUACAAAAAACGAGCGAGCAUUUUAAGCUUUUUGUUUCUUAAUUCUGCGUUUGCAUUUUUCUUUCACAACGUGACCUAAUUACUUCAUUAAGUUUUUUUCUUCUUGUUUUUAUUGUUUUAAUUACUUUAUCCGUUCUCAAGUUGACUUGGGUUUGAACAUAAAAAGGAGAUUCGUGGAUUGAUUCUCAAGUCUCGUGUCACUUACAUGAUGGCUGCGGCUUUUCUUUUUUUACUAUUUUUUUCUUUUAUCAUUCUUUUGUAUUUAGUUUUA